AUGGAGAGCGCUUUUGAUCAUGGAAACAGGGCGAUUGGAGCCGACGGGAGCCCGCUUGGAAGUGGAAAACCUGAAGACUUGAGCUUCCUUUGCUCGGUAAUUAAUAGCAGCAAAUUACAGAAAGUGGGUAUUGGCAACAACAAGUUUGGUGGGGUGUUCCCUAAAUGCAUGGGUAGUUUAUCUACCACUCUUACAAGAUUUUCUGCAAGCAUCAAUGAAAUAAUUGGUGAAAUUCCCGAAGAAAUCGGGAAUUUUUCCAAUUUGGAAGUGUUGCAUCUAGGUGCCAACUCACUUUCUGGGGCUAUCCCCUCAAAUUUGAGGAAUCUACAAAAUUUAGCUGUACUGAUCUUAAAUCAAAACAACUUGGGAGGGACUAUCCCAUCUUUUUUGGGAAAUCUAACCAAGUUGCUUGAGUUGUAUCUUGAAGGGAACAAUUUUCAUGGGCAAAUUCCUUCACAUCUAUCAAACUGCCGAUCUCUUGAUCAGCUCGACCUGUCCGAGAACAAUCUUAGUGGUGCCAUUCCCCCACAACUUAUCGGUCUCUCAUCGUUAGCGAUUAUUCUGAACCUAUCUUGUAACCAUCUAAGUGGGGUUCUACCCAUAGAAGUUGGUAACUUGACAGCUUUGACUGCGUUUGACAUCUCGAACAAUUUGUUGGUAGGUGAAAUCCCAAGUAGUUUAGGUGAUUGCAUUGCAUUGACAUCGCUAAGGAUGGGGGGCAACUUCUUCCAUGGGUCCAUUCCUCAAUCAUUCAGAUGGUUAGGAGGUAUUGAAGACCUAGAUCUUUCACAAAACAAUUUAUCAGGCCAGAUUCCAGCAUUCCUAGCUAUAUUUCAUUCCUUGAAACUUCUAAAUCUAUCGCACAAUAAGUUUGAAGGCAUGUUACCACGUGAAGGAGUCUUUAAGAAUGCUACAGGUACUUCUAUUAUUGGGAACAAUGAGCUCUGCGGCGGAUUGCCAGAAUUUCGCCUCCCCACAUGCAUCUCCAAAAGCUUCGAGAGUGGAAAGAUCCAUAUGGUGAUAUUGUCCACUUUUGUUAUAUCCGGAGUUCUUGGGCUAGCACUUAUUCUAGCUUUUAUAUAUCUUUGUUGGUUGAAGAAGAAAGUAACAGAACAAGUUUCAAGUUCGAUGGAUGAUUCUCGUCGAAACGUAUCUUAUGGAACACUCUUAAAAGCUACCGAUAAUUUUUCUCCAAUGAAUUUGGUCGGUGUUGGAAGCUUUGGUUCUAUUUACAAGGGGAUACUUGAGGAAAAUCAAAUAGCUAUUGCAGUGAAGGUGCUUCAUUUAGCCCAUCAUGGUGCGUUGAAGAGCUUCAUAGCUGAGUGUGAUGCAUUAAAAAACAUAAAACAUCGAAAUCUUUUGAAAAUACUGACAGUUUGCUCGAGUAGUGAUUACCAAGGAAGUGAUUUUAAGGCCUUGGUUUAUGAAUUCAUGGAUAACGGAAGCCUGGAACGGUGGCUACACCCAAACGCAUCAUCAUCUCAUGGGAAUGAGCUUCCGAAAAGGUUGAAUUUUGUUCAGAGGAUAAGUAUUGCUAUCGAUGUUGCUUCUGCACUGGAUUAUCUUCAUCACCAGUGUCAUACCCCCAUUGUUCAUUGUGAUUUGAAGCCAAGUAAUAUCCUCUUAGAUGUUGAGAUGGUCGCACAUGUUGGUGACUUUGGGUUAGCAAAAUUCCUUGUUGGAUCAUCCCUUGAUUCUGUAGCCAAUCAAAUGAGCUCAAUGGGUCUAAGAGGGACAAUUGGUUAUGCUCCGCCGGAAUAUGCAAUGGGAUGCGAGGUUUCAAGAGAAGGUGAUGUGUAUAGUUAUGGCAUUCUCUUAUUGGAGAUGUUCACAGGGUUGAGUCCCACCGACGACACCUUUAGAGAUAAUUUGACUCUUCAUAGUUAUGUCGCAAAUGCUUUGCCUAAACAAGUGCUUGAAAUUACGGACAACAUCCUACGUGAAGAAAGAGAGAGCCAUUUAGGCCCAUAUACUCCUCCGCAUUGGCUUUCCAAAAGCGAUGGCAUAUUUCAAGAGUGUUUGCUUAUGGUGUAUAAUAUCGGAGUUGCUUGUUCCUAUGAAGUGCCGGGAAGACGGAUGAGCAUCAGCGGAGUUACAAAUAAGCUACAUCAAAUUAGAGAGAAACUCUUUGCCUUGGGUUUACAUGGAUAA